UCCUGUCUGCCCAGGGGAGGCCCAGGCUGACGUUACCUUUGGGUGUGAAGGUUAUGGCCCAUGUACAUACGUGAACAUGAGACGUGUGUUCGCUAGCCAAAGAGACGACCUGGUCAUUGAUGUUAUGAUGCCCAUGUUGGAGUGCAGCCCUGUACUGAGAUUCACCACUCUGGCUACCUUUAUCUUCUUUCUUUUGCUGUGCUUCUGUCCACUGUGCACACGUCAGAACCCCUCUAUGAACCGCACAUUGACAUUGGCUGUGGUCCUACCGGAGAGCAACCUGCGUUAUGCCUGGUCAUGGCCCCGUGUGUCUCCUGCUCUGCGCAUGGCAGUGGAAAAAGCACAGAAUGAACUUCAGCUACUGCCCGGGUACCACAUCAAGACAGUCUUUGCCAACUCCGAACUUGAUGGGGCCUGCUCGGAAUAUGUGGCUCCUCUCAAGGCUGUGGACCUGAGGCUCUACCACAACCCUGAUGUGCUAUUUGGUCCAGGGUGUGUAUACCCUGCUGCCUCUGUUGCCCGCUUUGCUGCUCACUGGCGCCUCCCCCUUAUAACUGCUGGUGCUUUGGCCUUUGGAUUUAAACCAGAUGAUGAUCAAUACAACACGACCGUGAGGACCGGACCAACUGCAAACAAGCUUGGAGAGUUUGUUUCCCACCUUCAUGAUCAUUUCAACUGGAGCUCCCGUGCAGCCCUCGUUUACCAUGAUGUAAAAAAGGAUGACCGGCCACAUUACUUCAUCAUUGAGGGGGUUUUCUGGGCCCUGGACAAGGAGUUCAGUAAUCUAACUGUGCGAUACCAGAUGUAUCCGGAGGAUAAUGAUGUGGCCAGUGUCAUACAAUUCAUUCGGAGCAAUGGACGAGUGAUUUAUAUCUGCGGCCCCCUGGAGAUGUUCCAUAUGAUCAUGCUUCAGGCUUACAAGGAGAAGUUGACCAGUGGUGACUAUGUCUUCUUCUAUGUGGAUGUGUUUGGUGACAGUUUACGUUCUGAUGGGAGCAGAAAUGCCUACAAGCCCUGGCAAAGCAACCAGACCCAUGAGGAGGAGCUGAAGGAGGCUUUCAAGACUGUCCUGGUGAUCUCGUAUCAUGAGCCACAGAACCCAGAGUACCAGACCUUCCAGAAGAACCUGAUUCACAGAUGUAAAGAGGAGUUCAAUGUGGAGUUAAACUAUACGCUGAUGAAUCUCAUUGCCGGCUGCUUCUAUGAUGGGGUGCUGCUCUACGCCCAUGCUCUGAAUGAGACGCUACAGGAAGGGGGUUCUCCGAAGGAUGGAAUCCGGAUUGUGCAGAAGAUCCAGGAGCGCAGCAUGCAUGGAAUCACUGGAACUGUCAGCAUGGACAAAAGCAAUGACCGGAACACAGACUUUGAUCUCUGGACAAUGGCUGACCAAGAGACCGGUCACUUUGAGAUGAGGGAUGUCCAGUUCAAUCACCUGACUCGGUUCCUCGGAGCCUGCAUCGAUCCGCCAAACAUCUGCAUUGUGACAGAGUAUUGCCCCCGGGGCAGUUUACAGGAUAUUUUGGAGAAUGAUAGCAUCAACCUGGACUGGAUGUUCCGUAACUCGCUGAUCAAUGACAUUGUGAAGGGCAUGUGCUUCCUUCACCGCAGCAUCAUCGCAUGUCAUGGGAACCUGAAGUCCUCUAACUGUGUGGUGGACAGCCGCUUCGUGUUGAAGAUCACGGACUAUGGUCUCGCCAGCUUCCGCUCCACCUGUGAUGCUGAGGAUGUCUAUGCCUUGUAUGCCAAGAAGCUUUGGACGGCUCCUGAGCUGUUACGUAUGGGGAGACCCCCGCCUCAAGGCACUCAGAAAGGUGAUGUCUACAGUUUUGGGAUCAUACUGCAGGAAAUCGCACUGAGAAAUGGGGCAUUUUACAUCCAGGGCAUGGACCUCAGUCCAAAGGAGAUUGUUCAGAAGGUCAGAAAUGGACAGCGACCAUAUUUCCGGCCAACAGUGGACAUCAGCUGUCACAGUGAAGAGCUUGGCAUCCUGAUGGAGAAGUGCUGGGCGGAGGACCCAUUGGAGAGACCUGAAUUCAACCAGAUUAAGAUGUACAUCUGCAAGUUCAACAAGGAGGGCACAAGCAGCAUUCUGGAUAAUUUACUGUCUCGCAUGGAGCAAUAUGCAAACAAUCUGGAGAAAUUAGUAGAGGAGAGGACACAAGCGUACCUGGAGGAGAAGCGCAAGGCAGAAAAUCUGCUCUAUCAGAUCCUGCCGCAUUCAGUGGCUGAGCAGCUGAAGAGAGGAGAGACUGUCCAGGCCGAAGCUUUUGACAGCGUCACCAUCUAUUUCAGUGACAUUGUGGGGUUCACCUCAAUGUCUGCAGAGAGCACGCCCAUGCAGGUGGUCACCUUACUGAAUGACCUGUACACGUGUUUCGAUGCUAUAAUAGACAACUUCGAUGUCUACAAGGUGGAGACCAUCGGUGACGCAUACAUGGUGGUUUCAGGGUUACCAGUACGGAAUGGGAAGUUGCAUGCACGAGAAAUUGCGCGUAUGUCCCUGGCCCUCCUGGACACUGUGAAAACCUUCAAGAUCCGGCACAGACCGAACACACAGCUCCAUCUGCGAAUAGGAAUCCAUACAGGUCCAGUCUGUGCAGGUGUGGUUGGACUGAAGAUGCCACGCUACUGUCUGUUUGGUGACACGGUGAACACAGCGUCCCGGAUGGAAUCUAAUGGGGAAGCACUUAAGAUCCACAUUUCUUCAACCACCAAAGAAGUCUUAGAUGAAUUUGGCUGCUUUCAACUGGAACUUCGGGGAGAUAUUGAAAUGAAGGGUAAGGGGAAGAUGAGGACAUUCUGGUUACUUGGAGAGAUGACAGAUGAUGACGUUAUUUGAGGCGCUCUUGUGCCUUAUCAGCUCCACAUUUGGCCAGCUGUGUCUUGAGCUGCUCAUUAGACUCAUCUGGGUAACAAGGUUAUCCGCUAACCUACCCAUAGCCCGCUCUUCCAGGAGCACAUUGAAUACGAAGGCUUCGUUGGUUGGAGGAGCAGACACCUAACCUGUUGCUCUUUUCUCUGGGAAUGAGUAAUUAAGCACCAGCUAAUUAGCCAAGAGAUGACCUUUGUAUCGGUCACAUGGUUGCAAUACGAUAAAAACCUGUAGCCAAGCCUCAGCCUGCAAAAACCUCAUCAUUGCAGGAGCCAAUGCAGGGUCUAGAAAAGGAAGUAAACAUUACUCACAUCUAUAGGCUUCAGCUUACCAAAAUUCACCAAGGAGAUCCAGAGCAAGUUCAGAAAUGGAUCCAAAACAGCUUCCACUACAUCCCAAGUCCUCUUUCAGAUCCACUGUUCUCAUUCCUUGCUCAAACCAACAACUACACCUACAAAUCCCUGUGGUAGGAACCGAGCCAUACGUAAGGGCACUUACUAGUCAUCUUUAGACUGGAAUGGGAUCUAAACAGGACGGCAUUGGGCUACACAGAUAUCAGCAGGAGAUCAGUGAUUUCACACAAAGCAGAGAAGAAGGAAUGGCAAAGUGAGUGAAAGUGCAGUCAGUCCACAUACCCCACCACAUAGCCAUACUGUCCAGCACACCACACAACGCAUCUCGUAGGAAACACUCACUAUAGGAUAAAGUUCAGGGUUUAGUAAACGUCCCUAAAAACCAGGAGAGCAGAGCAUGAAGACUUCUGAUUAUGAGCCUCUCCAUGAAAGCCUCAUGAAGCACAUGUGUAGUAUGUUACUGUAGCUGAGUCCAUGGCACAUUCAGCCUUCAAUAAAGACAAGUAGAU